AUGGAUUCUUCAUCUUCACCACCUGUGCUAUAUUUAGGAGAUGAUGAUGAUGAUGAUUAUGAUGAUAACAAUUAUAAUAGACAAAAUUCAUAUGCCGACACAAAUAUAUCCUUAACGAAAACAUCAUCUUCUAAUGAUAUGAAUACAUCACGUAAAAAACGUAAAAUAACAAAUACAAAUGUUCGUAUUAAUCCAUCGAUUGUAAAUUGGUCAAAACGUCAACGAAAUGAUCAUUAUCAACAGCAAACAUCAAGAAAUUUUAUUGAUUCAGAUCCAGAUCCUGAACCAAUUUUACUUGAUCCCGAUGAAUAUAUCAUUGAAGAACCUGAUCCACCUGCAUUUUGUUCUUUUGAUUGGUCAAUUCAACCACCACCACCACCCUUAUUAUCAACUAAAAUAUCUUCAAAUCAUCCUAUUCAAACAGUUUCAAGAAGUUCUACGGUUUCAACUUCAAAUAAAAACAAUAUAGUACAACGUUCAAUUGAUAAAUCAGAUAGCACAAAUUCAAAUAAUCAAUUUAUUCAACAACAAAGAAAACCAAUUGCUAUUCCUGUACAACAACCAUCAUUAGCACUUUCUUCAUUACCUUUACCUAAACCAACAACAUCUUUUUUUCGACCAAAUGUACAACGUGGUCGACCAGUGAAAAAUUCUCGAAUUUCAUAUACAAAAUCUACUUCACCUCCAUCACCUGUUCGUCGACAACCUGAACAACCAAUAAUUCCACAAACACAAAAAACUUUACGAUUAUCAUCAUCAUCAUGUGCUACAACAACAACAAUAAUGACAACAUCUUCAAUAAAUAAUUCUACGCCAACUAUACGUCGACAAAUACUUAAUGGUACAGGUUUAUUUUCAGCUUUUCAUGAUUCUAAAUAUUAUCAAUGUAAUAUAUGUAAAUUUAAAAGUGUAACAAGUUCAACUCUACUUCAACAUCUAUUUACACAUAUGUUUUUCUGUGACCAAUGUUCAUUUUAUACAUAUUCACAUUAUAAUCUCACUCAACACAUGUUUGAAAAACAUACAUUAAGUGUGCAUGAAAAUACAAAUGAUUCCUUACAUCCAAAAUCUUAUGAUUUACUUUAUGUAACACGUUGUUCUGAUGGUACAUUUGCUUUAUGUAUGGAUUCAUCAUCAACAAAAACAAAUAAAACAAAUAAUAAUAAUAAUAAUAAUAAUGAUCAACGAUUAAUAAUAUCAUCAGCAAUACUUAAUGAUCAACAUACAAAUAAAACAACAAAGAAAAAAAUCUCUAAACAAAAAGAUUUAUUUAAUGAAGAUGAUAGUGAUAUUUUACUUUUAUCAGAUAAGUCUGAUACUAAUCAUCGAUCAUUAAUAAAUUCCAAAGAAAAAGAAAAACAAAAUCAAACAUAUGUUAUAAUGAAACAUCGACGAUGUUAUUUAAUGAAAAAAACAUAUCGUUUACAUUCAUUAACUAUAGAAUAUAAUAUUUGUCGAGAACAUACUAUACGACAAAUGUGUCAUACACAAGAUAUAAUAAAACGAAGAAAAUUUUUAACAAAAUUUAAUCAAAUACAAUUUAUUGAUGAAAUUGCAAAUUGUUUACGCACAAUUGUUAAUCAUAUUGUUAAUAGUGACGAUAACAGGUUAGAAUCAAAGAUGACAGAAACAAAAUUUCGAUUAUUAAACAAAGAGUUUGUUUUGAAAAACAUCUUUUAGUGAAUUGAAAAAUUUCAAAUAUUUAUUGAAAGUAAUUUUUAAAAAAAAGUCAAAAAGAUGUAAGUGUAAAAAGAAAAACAGAUCGAGAAGAAAAGAAAAAUUUCAAGGACAAAAAACAUAACUGUAAGAAUAGAUAUGUGUUAGUACAUUUAUUAAUAGAAUCAUGUGUGUCUUUAACUAUGGUACAUAUUUAACAGUAAUUACGCCAUACACAUCAGAUAAAAUAAUAACGCACUCGCCAAGGAUAUUUGAUAAGAAAGUUUUCGAGUCCUUGACCAUUAAUACAUAGAGAUUGAUAGAACUUAUCAGUUGUUGAAAUUUCUAUUUUUUAUACAGGACUAUGAGUAAAUACACAUGAUUUAUCAGUCACAUUAAUUGCAUAUGCUAUCUAAGUUAUUCUG